AUGGUAGCUUGUGGGGCGGAUGGUGUACUAGAGGGGAAUGGUACAUACGGCGUGGGGGUUUGGAAGCACAUAAGAAGAGGGUGGGGGGUAUUUGUUCGACACACUAAACUGGUGGCGGGGGAGGGUACUCAUGUAAAAUUUUGGAGGGACAUAUGGUGUGGGGAGGAGGCCUUAAAAGAUGCGUUUCCAUCUGUCUUUCUAGUGGCCUGUGACCAAGAAGCUUCAGUGGCAGACCUUAUGGUUCUUUCAGGGGACCAAGUCCAAUGGGAUGUCACUUUUAGUAGAGCUACCCAAGAUUGGGAAAUGAACUGUUUUGAGGCUUUUUUCAGCCGUGUAUAUUCAGCGAGACUACAGGUUUCGUGUGCAGAUAAGUUGUGGUGGAUACCGGCAGGUAAAGGUAUUUUCUCGGUCUACUCUUUUUAUAAAUCUCUUACAUGUCGACCGGAUUCCCAAUUCCCUUGGAGAAGCCUGUGGAGAAAUAAGGCACCCCCCAAAGCACUCUUCUUCACAUGGGCAGCAGCUCUAGGGAAGAUAUUGACAACAGAUAAUCUGCGUAAGUGUCGAAUAAUUAUCUCAUAUUGGUGCUGUAUGUGCAAAAAAGAGGGUGAAUCAGUGGAUCAUCUCUUGCUAUAUUGUGAGAUAGCUAGAGCAUUGUGGAGCGAAGUGUUCAGUCGCUUAGAGUUAAACUGGGUAAUGCUGGCUUCAGUAGUUGAGCUUCUGGCCAGCUGGGCAAUUCCGGGUGGGGUCCCUCAAAGUAGUGUGGAAGAUGGUCCCCAUAUGCAUCAUGUGGUGCUUAUGGCGUGA